GAAGCGAGAAUGCAUUCAAAGAGACGCCCACCACUGGUAACAUAUCAAAAACAAUCACGUUAAAACGUUUAAUUCUUCAAAACUACAAUACCCACAAUUCGGUGCGUGGACGGUCUCUUCCGGUGUCGGUGACCACCAGGCUGUCAGGAGAAGGAAGGUGCUAUGCAUGUAACCGAGUUCUGUAGUGAUUCGAUUACAUUUUUGCACAAGAAAUGCAGUGCAGCUGGUGUUAAAGUACAUGUUAGUGUGUGUGUGGAUGUAGUGUCUGUAGAGUGCUGCGAUGCCCCUGGAGGUCAAAUGGCCGUUCCCGAAGUGCCCUGCUCUGGCAUGGAGGGUCUCCAGCACACUGAUCCUGGGCAUGGUGGGCUCCUAUUCCUACUUCUGGACCAGUAAGUUGUAUUUGUGUAUAUAUACAGCGCAGAGACACAACAGAGAGAUGUUCUGUUCACGCGUUUUUCUCAUUUCUCCAUCUUCAGAGUACAUGAACUGCCUGAGGGUCCACAACCAUGAGGUUUUAUGGAACCUGAUUGAUCAGAGGCCCUCUAACACCCCUCUCAUCACUCUGUCCAACCACCAGUCCUGUAUGGACGACCCACAUAUCUGGGGUGCACUGAACCUUAGACAGCUGUGGAACUUAAACAAGAUGCGGUGGACCCCAACAGCAUCUGACAUUUGCUUCACAAGAGAGCUCCACUCCAAAUUCUUCAGCCGUGGAAAGUGCGUUCCCGUCUGCAGAGGCGAUGGUGUUUACCAGAAAGGAAUGGAUUUUAUUCUGGAGAAACUGAACAGAGGAGAAUGGGUGCACAUUUUUCCAGAAGGCAAAGUCAACAUGACUGAGGAAUUCAUACGUUUAAAAUGGGGCGUCGGUCGACUCAUAGCAGAGUGCUCCCUUAACCCAAUUAUCCUGCCGCUCUGGCAUGUAGGCUUGAGCGACGUUUUGCCAAAUGUGACGCCCUACAUUCCUCGGACUGGGCAGAAAAUCACAGUCCUGGUGGGGAAACCUUUCAGUGUCAAAGAACUUGUUGAAUCUCUUCGUGCUGAAAACAAGAGUCAGGUGGAAAUAAGGAAGACCCUGACUGAUUUCAUCCAGGUGGAGUUUCGGAGCCUGAAAGCUCAGGCCGAGGCGCUCCAUGGGCAGGUACAGACCGGAUACUGAGUCCCAGCCGUCCUGCCUCUGCCUCCGUGCACUCCUCACUCCUCACAGCCAACAGGACUGACAACUGUUUACCUUUACUGUGAGGGUAAUUCCUUUUAAUUACCGAUGCGGUCUGCUUUACCCCUUUUCUCUGCCCCGCCACGCCGGGAAGUUCUGACGAGCUCCAGAACAUUUCUGGAGUCUGGAUCACAGUCGGUGAACAAACUGAUUUCUCCAACUUUAAGUGCAACAGAAACUCCUUUGUAUUGGAACCGUUAUUUAAAAGCAUGUUUAACCACUUUUUGAUUAAUUUAGCACAUUUAGUUGCUAGGAUACGCCACUGCCUCUUAGGACGACACAGGCAGUGAUGUAGAAAGAUGAAUCAUUAAGUUACUUGAACAUGUACUUAUGGUUUGGCCCAGAUGAGUAAAAUGUCUUUAAUUAUAAGAGCCUCCAGAUUUGUUUUCUACAGGGGAGUGAAUUUCAACAGUGUUAUGCAUUUAACAGCUCAGUGGAGCUACUCAGCUGUGUUUCAGCUCUUUACCUCAUUGGAACCAGGCCAGUACCUUAGGAAUGACGUCAAUUUUGGAUGCUUUUUUUUUUUUCUUUGAUGGUUAAUAACAUGGUUAAUGAUCUCUAUCAGUGUUGACAGAUACAUUGCAUUGCUAGCAGUAAGGCUGAAGUCAGUUGGAUACAGUUACAGUCAAUGUCACACUGAUGCAUGCUGCUUUGGUUCUUAGAGUUUGGCCGAAAAAGAAUUGUGUUCUUGUUGCCUUGUCUAAGAACACUGUAACAGUAGUUUGUUUUAGAAGUGACAGAAAAGACAGUGUCACUGAAUGUAAUCCAUGGUUUUGCAGAAUCAUCCAAUCUUGAUGUUCUUGUCUGGCGAUGGGGUUAGACCACACUCUUGCCCCAUAUUUAGGAGACCUUUACCCAAAGCUGCUGUUUGUUGAAGUACUAAAUAUUAGUAUGAACAUGGAUUGACCUGGAUUUUUUUAAAUCUGUAAUCAGGAUGAAUCAGGAUGUCAGCUGAAGUAUUCCAGCUAUCCUCAGGAAGAGGCAGAGUAAAUCAUUGCCAGGAUGUGUGAUGAUAAUGCUUUGCAUACGUCCGUGCAACUUAAAACAAGUUGAUCUCUCUGUGCACCGCUUGUUCCCUGUAAUCUCUCUUUUUGUUCAAAUUGAAUUUACUAAUCCUUUUUUUCUAUCCAAAAUAAUUUGUUUUUCGGAUUAUUAAUGCAUUUAUUUUUCCGUGGAUCAUUAGAAUCUCUGAAUGCUGCCACAGAUGUGUAUAUAGCACAUUUUAUCAUAAACAUCAAUGGCUUUUAUAAGGGAGAAAAGGCCACAACUGGAUGUUGUGUGGUUGUUUUAUAAAUAUUCCGCCUUAUUGUGAUUGCCACUUUUUCCUACUCUGUGAAUGCCAAUAAAACAUCAGAUUUUACAACAUUUUAA